UCCGUGUGCCUGCGCACUGAACACUUCCGCGCGCCCCUGCGGAAGCACAAGCGACUUCCGGCGCGGAGGCGGGGCGUGCGGAGGCGGGCUUCGGGUCGGCAUGGCGUGCGCCUUUCGUAGGUCGAUCGCCUGUCAGCUUUCCAGAGUCUUGGCCCUUCCACCAGAAAGCUUGAUCAAGUCAAUAUCUGCAGUUCCAGUUUCAAAAAAAGAAGAAGUGGCAGACUUCCAGCUUUCUGUGGAUUCCUUGCUAGAAGACAACAGUCCGCAGUCACAGCUCGAUGCUCAAGAUCAAGCCAGGAGCCUGGCAGAGAAGCUUAAAUGUGAUUCGGUGGUGACUGCCAUCAGUGCUGGUCCAGGAACGCUGAAUUUCAAAAUAAACAGAGAAUUACUAACAAAGGCGGUGCUGCAGCAAGUAACUGAAGACGGCUCAAAGUAUGGAUUAAAAAGUGAGCUUUUCUCGGAUCUGCCCCUGAAGAGGAUUGUGGUGGAAUUCAGUUCACCUAAUGUUGCAAAAAAAUUUCAUGUUGGCCAUUUGCGCUCCACCAUCAUAGGAAAUUUUAUAGCAAAUCUAAAAGAAGCUUUAGGGCAUCAAGUAACAAGAAUAAAUUACAUUGGAGAUUGGGGCAUGCAAUUUGGUCUGCUGGGAACAGGUUUCCAGCUGUUUGGCUAUGAAGAAAAACUCCAGUCCAACCCUUUACAGCAUCUCUUUGAAGUUUACGUACAGGUUAAUAAAGAAGCUGCAGAUGAUAAAAAUGUAGCGAAAUUGGCACACGAAUUCUUCCAUCGACUAGAACUGGGUGACGUGCAGGCACUUUCACUGUGGCAAAGAUUUCGGAACUUGAGCGUUGAAGAGUACAUUCAGAUUUACAAGCGCCUUGGAGUAUACUUUGAUGAAUAUUCAGGAGAAUCGUUUUAUCGUGAAAAAUCUCGAGAUAUCUUAAAGUUACUGGACAGCAAAGGACUUCUACAGAAAACAGUAACAGGAAAUGUUGUAGUAGAUCUCUCAGGGACAGGUGACCUCUCUUCUGUCUGCACUGUGAUGCGAAGUGAUGGAACUUCUCUCUAUGCAACCAGGGAUCUUGCAGCUGCUAUAGAUCGCAUGGACAAGUAUAAUUUUGAUACCAUGAUUUAUGUGGCAGACAAAGGGCAAAAGCGGCAUUUUCAGCAAGUGUUCCAAAUACUGAAGAUGAUGGGGUAUGAGUGGGCAGAAAGGUGCCAGCAUGUACCUUUUGGGAUAGUAAAGGGAAUGAAGACUAGAAGAGGGGAUGUCACUUUUCUGGAAGAUGUCUUAAAUGAGGUUCAAUCAAGAAUGCUACAGAACAUGGCUUCCAUUAAGACAACAAAGAAAAUGGAGAACCCACAGGAGACUGCAGAGCGGGUGGGGCUCGCAGCUCUCAUCAUCCAGGACUUCAAAGGUUUACUCCUAUCUGACUAUCAGUUCAGUUGGGAUCGUGUCUUCCAGAGUCGUGGGGACACUGGAGUCUUCCUACAGUAUACCCACGCCCGCCUCCAUAGUUUGGAAGAGAACUUUGGAUGUGGUUACCUAAAUGAUGUCAACGUUGCUUGUUUACAAGAGCCACAGUCUGUUUCAAUUCUCCAGCAUCUUCUCAGGUUCGAUGAAGUACUUUAUAAAUCAUCUCAGGACCUGCAACCUAAGCACAUUGUUGGCUACCUUUUAACGCUAAGUCACCUUGCAGCUAUGGCACAUAAAACACUCCAGGUGAAAGACAGUCCUCCUGAUGUGGCUGGGGCUAGACUUCAUCUUUUCAAAGCUGUCCGUUCUGUCCUCGCCAAUGGGAUGAAGCUUCUUGGAAUUACACCUGAGCGUCAUCUGUCAUCCUGAGAAAUGAAUACUACCUCAGUACUCCCCUGGAAUUAAAGCAUUGGGACACAGGACUGUAUGUACUAUAGUAAGGAUGAGACACCUUGUUCAACAGCAGAAAGCCUAAUGUCAGCAGUGCCUGGGACUGAGACAUAAAGUGUAGCCUAAAAUGUCCAGUCGUCACUGAAAACUAACAACAUUUUAUUUCUGGGAUACUAAAGGAUUUUAAUGACCCUCUGUGAUUCCUGACUAUUGCUCAAGUUACAGUCUGUAGUCUCAGUAUUUUGUAAACAGGAACCUGGUAUAUACUAGUAUAACAACAAAAUGAAAAAGAAACUGAAAUUUGGAAAUCCAAGCCUAAUAGUCCGAGCUCCAACAGUGUAUAGGAUCUUAGGAUACAAUUAAUCUAAUUCUUAACCAGAAAGUAACCCACUGUUACAAGGUGGUGUGGAAUGAAUGUAAGCAAAAACUCCUGUCCACAUGGUAGAUACUCCACAGGAGAAUUCUCAUCUGAGUUUAAAUGCAAAUACUGGUUUAGGAUAAGCUAGCUACACUCGAAAUUCAAAACAAGUUGUACUUAUAAAACAUCAGUUGUAUAUAGCCAAUUAAAAAGAUAAACUCGCCCAAAACUGACUAUAUGGUGACUUAGCAGACCUCUGUUUAAAGCAAAGGAGUAAUAUCAAGCUAUGUCUGAUACAAUUCAGGUAGUAUCUAGACAUUGAAUCCAGUUUUAGGGCAUACUGUGGAGCAAUGACAGAAUGAUACAUCUGGAAGUGAAAUACCGGCCUCAGGAAGCUCUCUAGAAACAGGCCACAGAAAUAAACGAGUUUAAAUUGGGACACCUGAAGAGUAGGGUGUGACAUUACCUCACGCACUCACACGUCCAUCCUAUGAAGGUAAUAUUUUCAUUGUUAUGACAUGAAGAAUAACGAGGCUUAUAGCACUCUGAAAAAUCGGGCAAGUUCCUUAACAGUCAUUUUGAAACCGUCACAUAAAGGGCUAUUUUUACUACUUUUGUAUCAAUGUCAGAACACUCCUCCACUGUCCUAUGGCUGACAGUGGGCAUACUGCCAGAGACUAAAUGAAAGGGAAUGAAAACUGGACGGGGAAACCAUACUCAGCAUUUCCAAAAGCAGCUUAAAACCAUCUAGAAACUGCAAUGGCACGAAGAAGCCUGUACAGUUCAGCUAUUAACUGUCUGUGGACAGUUACCUCACCUUUCCUAGAGUUGUUUGUGGAGGUUUAAAUGAGAUGGAUGCCCCAAUAGGCUGAGAUGUUUGAAUCCUUAGUCAUCUCAGUGAGGAUGUUUGAUAGAUUUAGAAGAUGUGGCCUUGCCAUAGGAGUAUGUCACUUGGAAUAGGCCUUAAGGCUUCAAAGCCAUGUCGUUCCUCGUCUGCUCUGUUUUGUGUUGUGGUUCAAGCUAUGAGCCCUUCAGCUUCUGUUCCGGCCACACGUGUGGACUGCCACCAUUCCGCCAUCAUGGACCCAUAAGCCCAGAUAAACUCUUCUCUAAGCUGCCUUGGUCAUGAUGUUUCAUCACAGCAAUAGAAAGGUUACUAAUACAGUGUGCUGUUAUCCAUUAAAAAGGCAUAUACUGAGGAAUGUUUUCUAUCACUAAUAUAUUUUAACACUUUCUUCUUAGAAACAGAAAGCCGGUGGUAUUAGCUACUUUUCUGUUGCAGCGAUAAGCAUCAUGACAAGGCAAUUGAUGCAAGAGUGGGUUUUCUUUGGGCUGAAGCAGUGUCACACAGGGGAAGGCAGCAAGUAAGCAUAGCAGCAGACAGUUCACAUCUUAAACCAUAGCAACAACCACUGCAGAGGGAACUGAAUUGCGAACGGUAAAUGGCUUUUAAAACCUCAAAGUAGCACACUUCUUCCAGCAAGACCACAUCUCCUAAGCCUCCUAAAAACAUCACCAGCCAGGAGUCAAAUACAUGGUCUACCAGAGAGCGGGGGCAUCUCAUUUAAACUGUAACACCAUACUAAGUAUUAUGAUCCUCAGUAACUAAUGCUAACGAGGAAAGCCCACCUAUAAGGCAGAGUGCAUUUGACAUCAAAAGUAAUGCUACUCUCCAUUCAUCAGCGUGACUGGAUGGCGUGAUUAGGUGCUGUACGAGAGGAGUUUCCUUUUUACCUAUGGCACAUGAUUUUGU